AUGGUUGAAAAGUAUGCGGCAAAUCGUCAUUCAGUGCUUUCACAUGGUUGCAUCGAUAAAGAUUUCCCAGCGAUUAAAUCUAGCGAGUUACUCAAUGUACAUAUAAAGAUACACCUGCCAGAAGUAGUGCAGCACCACGAAAAGCAAAUUAUAAAAUACGAAGAUCACGGCGGAGGUGAUCACGGAGGUGGGGGCGGCGGCGGCGGCGGUCAUGAUCAUCAUCAUAUCGAGGUCAGCGGUCCUGGGGGCGACAUAGGAGGCGGUUUCGGAGAUGAUCAUGGCGGAGGUUUUGGUGGUGGUCACGGAGGAGGUUAUGGAGGUGGCGGUGGAUUCGGGGGUGGCUUCGGAGGAGGUCACGGUGGAGGUUUCGGAGGUGGCCAUGGCGGAGGUGGGGAUAUUAUCAUAGACCACGGCGGCGGCCACGGCGGCGGGGGUGGUUAUGGCGGCGGGGGUGGUUAUGGCGGCGGAGGUGGCUAUGGGGGUGGUCACGGAAGCGGUGGUCAUGGCGGUGGUGGCGGCGGUAUAAUUAUAGAACAUGAUGGACAUGGCGGCGGCGGUGGCGGACACGGAGGCGGUGGUUUUGACAGUGGACAUGGAGGUGGUGGAUAUGGUGGCGGCAAUGGGGGUGGUAUUAUUAUAGAACACGGAGGACAUGGCGGUAGUGGUGGUUUUGAUAGUGGUCAUGGAAGCGGUGGUCAUGGAGGCGGCGGUUUUGGAGGCGGCGGUUAUGGAGGCGGCGGUGUUAUCAUCGAACACCAUGGACAUGGUGGCGGCGGCGGCGGCGGUGGCGGUUUUGGAGGUGGACAUGGAAGCAGUUUUGGAGGCGGUCAUGGCGGCGGAUUUGGGGGAAGUAGCGGAUAUGGCGGCGGACAUGGUGGCGGUUUUGGAGGAGGUCAUGGAGGCGGCUUUGGAGGUGGACAUGGUGACAGUUUUGGAGGCGGUCAUGGUGGCGGAUUCGGGGGAGGAUAUAGCAGCGGACAUGGUGGCGGUUUUGGAGGUGGCCAUGGUGGCGGUCAUGGAGGCGGUCAUGGUGGCGGUCAUGGAGGCGGAUACGGAGGUGGUGGAUUUGGCGAUUCUGGAGGUGGAUUUGGGGGCGGACAUGGCACUGGUGGCGAUGAUCAUCAUAUUAGCUCCAGCAGUUACGGCAACAGUAUAUCGUCUGGUUUCGGUAGCAGCGGCCAUGGCGGAAGCAGUUAUAGUUCUGGCGGUAGCUUUGAUUCGUAUUCAAGUGGUCAUGGCGGUGGCGGUGGCGGCGGCGAUAGUUACAGUGGAGGCCAUGGUGGUGGUUUUUCCGGUUACCACAAGAAAAAAUAG